AUACAUUUUUGGAUGCAGUCUUAUUGAUCGAUUUUUCUGUUAAUUGGCUACCGAGUUGAUCCCGAGAUCUUGCUUGCAUUGAUGCUCAAAUUAACUUCGUUACUAUUGUGAAGUAAAGUGAAAUGUCGUUAAAUAUCCAACUUCAUAUGUACACACAAGAUAGUGGGAAAAAGCCUGCUCUAAAAAGAGUUUUAUUCAACUGAAGACAAUUAUAAAUACCUCGUAUAAAUUACACACACUCGCACAUGAUUUUCUGGGCAUAAUGCUGAAAAGCUACUUGAAAAAUUAUACAAAGAAUUUUUCGUUUCUGAAAUGAAUUUUCGUAGAUCUUUUACUUUUGUUACCUUUAUAUAUAUAUCAUGUAAAAUCCAGAUGCAACAACUUCCUAGAUCUAGUUAAAAAAAGCAUCCAUUCUAAAAUUUCCACUCGACGAGAAAGUCCUAUGUGUUUACCAGACUAUUGAUUGAAGAGGUAGCUGGGGAAACAGAGGGGAUGAAGAGAUGGUUGUCAUGGUUACGGCGUCGUCAUGACAACGUGAAUGUUAGUUCCAGCAUCCAGGCCAGAGGGAGCGACCGCCAUUUGCUGGCAUGCUGGGGUUGGAUAGGAAGGAAAAAAUCAAUUCCCUUUCAGAUUGUGACUAGUGACAGGUCUAGGUGCUAGUCAACACGUGUCAUCUGACAGGGCCAUGAAUAAAUAUUCCUCGUCAAGCCAAACGUAUUAAAUCGCCCUGCAGAUUGAAACUUUUCCUUAUUCUUUAUUCAUACAUAGAUACCGGCAUACGAGAGAUAGAGUUAACGUCUAACCAUGGAAAACACCGUAUUACGAAUACCUGACACAAAAGUUGCAUUACUGUCGUAGCACAAUAAAUACCUGACGCAUUGGAUUCAACGUUGUCAUGGGAAAUAAGUUUAGCUGCUCCUGUGCCCCAUUGAUUCGCAAGGCUUACCGUUAUGAGGACUCACCAUGGCAGGCAACUCGUCGGAGAGACGGCCAUCUGCUUCGAUUAUGGGCAGAAGUAUUUCACGUCAGUGCUACUAGCGGAGCCGUUAAAUGGCAGCAGGUGUCUGAGGAUUUAGUACCAGUGAAUAUUACAUGCAUCCAAGAUUCGCCAGAAUGUGUCUUUCAUAUCACUGCUUACAAUUCACAAGUGGAGAAAAUACUGGACGUCCGAUUAAUACAGCCAGGAACGAGGCUGGGUCAGGCGUCCGAAUGUUUCGUCUACUGGAAGGAUACAGCUACUGGUGACACAUGGGGAUUAAACUUUACCUCUCCUCUUGACGCAAAACAAUUUCGAGAAUGUUGUUCUCCUGCGUUCAAAUUUGCAAGAAAAGCGUCUUCCUCUUAUUCUUUAAAAUCAGAACCUCCAAAGCAACAACAAAAAGGCAAAAGCAAACGCAAACCACAAUCAACUCCCAGUUCCCCAUCAAGGGGGCGCGAAGCACAAUGUACUUGCAUGACAGCAGAAAAUUUACACCGAGCAAGAAAUGGACGGGUAAGAUAUACAGGUGCUGCUACUCUUCCUCGAGCUCAGACAAGAGCUAUAGAAGAUGGGAAAGGACGUCCUACAACCCAUCCUUCAAGUACUUCAGUAUACGAUAAUGUUGCAUCUUUGCGGCGAGGAACGACAACGGCUAGUGUUCACGGCCAUGUUAAACAAACGAAAAGUGACGCCAGCAUUAAAUCUGCACCACAGGCAACAUUAGAGAAAACGGCGAGUACCACAUCUCUCACUCGAUCAGAACAAGCCCGAGCGAAAUUUGCCCAAUCAGCGCGUAAAGAGGAAGCUAAAAGUGUCGACUACAGUAUACUGUCAUCUGAAAGACAGACUACUCUUAAAACUGAAGAAAUUCAACCACACACACGAACAAAGAGCAAAAGUUCAGAUGAUGUGUUUGAGAGGUCACAAGGUGGCGACCUUGCUGCCCUUAGCCUCGAUAGUAAUACACUAAAACGGAUGUUGCAUCCUUUACUUUCUAAUAUGUCUUCGCAUAGUUCUCCGGAACAAGAAAUGUUAGGCAAUGGCAGAGGACGAGGUGAUGGCCGGAAAUCUGAUGGAGAAGGAUCCGUUCGAAGCAUUAGAUUAACAAAUUCUAGACCUAGAUCUGCUGGCAGUCGAAGUCGACAAAACCGAUCAGAGAAAGGGAGACGACGUAGUCUAGAACGUAGAAUGUGUCUCGAUCUUACCGAUGCCGAUCAAUCUCCACCUUCUGACAACUUGUUGUAUGAUAAUUUAUGCUACGCUACCACUCCCAGUUCUAGCAAUGAAAACAGCGACGCACCAUAUUUGAGCUCAGACGAAGGUGCAGGUCAGCCUGUUAUCAGUCAUACACCAAGCUCUCCAACCAGUCGUUUAUUAAUGGAAUACGAAAUGCAUCUGAGAAAUGCUCUCGCAAGAGGGUUAGAUGCAGAGAGUUACAGUCUCCAUACUUUCGAGGCUUUGCUCACUCAAAGCAUGGAGAAUGUAGUUGCUUUAAUGCGUGAAGUGCAUGUGGAAUUGGAAGCCGUCAAACAGGAGGAGAAAGAUUUGAAAACGCACGGACAGCUGACAAGUGGGGACGAAUUGACAAGUACCCCAUUAGGUGGAAAAUGCAAUACACUUCCCAUACCAAGUACAAAUCGUCAAAUGGCCCUUAUUUCUGGUGGAAUGGGAGGAAGUACAUCGUCAGCAGGUGGAGACUCUCACCCUUCCAUGUCUCAACAAACAUCUGUAGAUAGUACAGAUUGCCGUAUUUAUCUGACAUCUUCCGAGAUGUCAGAUGAUGACAGACUUUCUUUGACAACGGCCGUGAGUGACGACGACGAUGGAGAUGCCAGAAAUUGUCCUUACAGAUCCAGAUCUGGUGCUGCUGCUGCAUCUUUCAACUGUACGGGAGCUGUGAGAAAAGCCGGAUUUCUCAGUGUUAAAAAGUGGUUGUUAAGGAAGAGACAGCAAGUGGAGUUAGCACGUAAACGAGGUUGGAAAGGGUAUUGGGUAUGCCUAAAGGGUACUACACUUCUAUUCUAUCCAUGUGAUAAUAGAGAUGGACGUGCCAUUGACAGUACUCCAAAGCAUCUUAUUAUUGUUGAUGGUGCUAUUAUGCAGCCCAUACCAGAACAUCCAAAAAGAGAUUAUAUUUUUUGUUUAAGCACUGCAUUUGGAGAUGCCUAUUUAUUUCAGGCUCCAUGUCAGGUAGAAUUAGAAAACUGGAUAAACAGUAUUCAUUCUGCUUGCGCUGCAGCUUUUGCAAGACAUCGUGGUAAAACGGGUACUUUGCAUCUUCUGCAAGAAGAAAUAUUUCGUCUUGAAAAAGAAAUUGAAUCAGAUUUUAAAAUGAAACAUAUGGCAGAACUGCAAUUGACAGUAGUUGCAGAUGCAGAUAGUAAACAGACAUUAACAAAUCAAAUUAAUCAAUUGGAAGAAAAUUUAGAACGUUUACAUUGUGAACAAUUUCGUUUGCGUUGUUAUAUGUCUUCCCUUCAGAAUGCAGAAUUACCAAAUCCUAAGAAUUUAUUAACUCAUGUUUCUAAAACAACUAAAAAUACACUAAAUAAGUUAGGUGUAUUUACUGUAUCAUCUUUCCAUGCUUACGUUUGUGCCCGCAGUCCUUCACUUUUAACUAAUUUAUUAUCUGGUCGUGGAGCAACUAAACGCAGAGCUAGAGCAUCUUUAUCUAGAUCAAACAGCGGAAAGCAGUCAAUGACGCAUUUAUUGACUUCAAGUCAUAGUACUGAACUUCCCAUUGUAGGAGGACGAACUAUAAAAGUUAUGCUACCUGAUAACCAGAGUGUGAUAAUAGGAGUUCGUGAUGCUACAACUGUAGAAGAAGUUCUUUGGAGUUCUUGUAGCAAAAAACAGCUAUCUGCAAAUGAUCAUUUUUUACGUAUAAAAAGGUGGAAAGAUAAAGAUGAUUAUUAUGUGCCACCAAGGACAGAACUUUUGGAAAAUUUAACAUAUGAAACAAUUGAAGUUUGUGCCAAAGUUCUCUAUCAAGUGGAAUUAUCACGUCAUACAUUAGAUCACUUGUUUGGAUUCAGUGUAGAAGCAGAACUUGUAGAAAAUGCUGAUCAUCAAGAUGAAUUGUGUGUAUAUGUCAGUAGAGUUGAAGAAAAUAGUUUGGCUCAUCAACAAGGAUUAAUGAAAGGAGAUGAAAUAAUGGUGAUCAAUGGAGCAAUAGUGAGUGAUCUUGAUAUGAUGUAUAUUGAAAGCGUUUUACAAGAAGAAUUGUCACUAUGUAUGAUGAUGCGUACACCACGGAUGGAGCCUCCAGAUCUUGCAAGUGCCAUGAAGACAACAGAUGAUUAUAUUGAAUCUCUUGUCUGUCCUCCACCUCCUAGUGAUAAUGUUUUAAGUGAAGAAAUGAUUGGAAAAUUAAUUGUACCAUCACCUCUGUGGGGUGGAAAUUUACAACUAGAAACACCAUGGUUUACGGGUUCACAAGAACGCUCUCCAGAUACUUCUGGCAGACCAACUCCUUCACCAGUUCCUAGUCAAGAAGUACCACCUUUAUCUGCUGAACAGAUCGAAAAUCUUAUAAAGACUGCAGAACAGGUUACAGAGUACUGCCGAGCUCCACUGGAACGACGUCGCUCCAGUUUAGCAGGCAGCACUGGGAGCAGUGGCUCCUCAACUGUACCUUUCAGUACUCCUGCACGUCAUUUAUCAGAUGCUGAAAAGUUGCGUAAAGUCAUUAUGGAGUUAAUUGAAACUGAGAGAACUUAUGUUAAGCACAUGAGCGACCUGAUAGAGUGGUAUAUAUAUAUAUNGGAACCAAUGAAGAAAGAAACUUUUCUGUCAAAUGUUGAGGUGAAUGCCUUAUUUGGAAAUAUUCAAGAAAUAGUACAGUUCCAAAGAGUGUUCCUCCAAAGUUUAGAAGAAGCAAUUUCAGCAGAACCAGAAUUUAACAAAUUUGAUCAUCCUAGUCAAUUUAAGAAUGUUCUUUUUGCCUUAGGAAAUUCAUUUCUUUAUUAUGCUGAUCAUUUCAAGUUAUAUAGUUCAUUCUGUGCAAGUCAUUCCAAAGCACAGAAAGUUUUUCAUCCUAGUGAAGGAAAUUCUGCUUUAAUGGAAUUUCUUCAAUCACGUAAUCCAAAAGGACAACAUUCCUUUUCUUUAGAAUCCUACCUCAUUAAACCAAUUCAGCGUAUUCUUAAAUAUCCAUUACUUUUACAACAACUUAAACAUCUCACCGAUUCAUCUUCAGAGGAACAUAUACAUUUAGCUGAAGCGUUAAAGGGAAUGGAAAGAGUUGCUGAACAUAUUAAUGAAAUGCAACGCAUUCAUGAAGAAUAUGGUGCUAUUUUUGAUCAUCUUCAUCGUCAACAUCUUAAGUCAUCCAAACAACAUGUUGAUCUAAGUCCUGGUGAAUUGCUUUAUUAUGGAGGAGUUGAAUGGCUCAACAUAACAGAAUUUUUAGGAAAAAUAAAGAAAGGCUUAGAAUUACAUGCAAUGUGUUUUGUAUUUAAAACUGCAGUUGUUUUUCUGUGUAAAGAACGAAUUCGUCAAAAGAAAAAGUUAAUGGGUAGUUCAAGUAAAACUGGUUCUUCAGAAGUCGAAAUUAUUCGUUAUCAAGUACUUAUACCAGUAACCGAAGUUCAAGUACGUGCUGCAACUAUGAAAGAUGGAGAUUCUCACUUUUUGUGGGAACUCAUACAUCUUAAGUCACAGAUUCAGCGAAGAUCAGAAAAAGUAUAUCAGCUAUCAAACAGCACUAACGAAUUUAGAAAUGCAUUCUUACGUACAAUUCGACAAAUCAUACGAGAAAGUGUAAGAAACAUGACAGUUCCAACUAAUAAACAAGUGUCUAAAGAUAGAAUUGCUCAAUCCAAAAAACAAGUGGAAGGGCAAUGUAUUGCUAGGACAUUAAGUGCCAAGAAGAAGAGUGGUAAGAUGCCUCAACGUCAUUCGGCUGGAAAUAUUGGAAACAACAUGACUAUAGAAACCUACGACAACGUGGAUCAAAAUUUUUGCACGAGGAGCAAAACAGUAGCAGACGGUAUGGACGACAUGGGUAAUUCCAAAGAAUUUUCCGAAUCUAGGGGUCAGUCUCCUCUUCCAUUAGAUUCUGAAAGAUCAGACCGGUCGGACAAGUCUGACAAAUCGGACAAAUCUGAAAAAUCUGAUAAGUCAGGAAAAUCCGAUAGAUCACAAGGAAGUGCAAGCAGUGGAAAAGCCAAUUUAGGAACAUCAAAAGCUCUGAGCUUGAGUACAACUUCUACUCUUUCUAAUUCUAGUACAGGUAGCAGUUCCGCAAAACUAGUUCAGUCAAGCAAUCCGCCAACCAAUUAUCAACCGCAGCCGGUGGAGACAGCCGGAUCACCCGUGUGGAAAUUGAGGGAAAAUUCAUUCGAUAAAUCUGCCACUUUACCUAGUCAGAGUAAAUGUAAAGACAGUGUUAAAGAACAAUUUAUCGUAUAUGAUGAUUAUAGAGGAUCCCUCUAUGCCACACCUCCUAGUGCUCAGAAAAAAGAUCAUAUUACUUCUAGUAAGCGUACGGAUUGUUGAUUAAGUUUUAAAAACAAAGAAACACAUGCCUUUUAUACCAUCGAGAGUUUGAAGUAUAAGAUUUUCACUCUCUUCUAAGAUGGAUUUAAAAAAGAAGGGAAAAAAAAA